GUUAUUUACGACCAUUUCAACCACGGGCUGAUGUUUUCCCGACAAAUGCUGCCAUAAUCUUCAACACCUUUUCAAAAAUGAUGUGAUAUCAUCAGCGGACGGGAGUGGGAAGUAGAAAAGAGGACGUAACUGACACUGAUGCUGCACUCAACUUUCAGCAGAGUAUUUCAGAGGUCGUUCCUCGUGAGGAGUAAAAAGACUCACCUGACUGGCCCAGCCAAGGACUUCUUUAGACAGCAGGCUCAAUGCCAUAGCGGUCAAGGUCUGCCUGUGGGCCGAGUUGGAAGAGACUCUGAAGAUGAUGUGCAGCCAGUCCUCCAUAAAGACCCUCUGGCUGAAUUCCAUUCCCCUUGGGAGGGAACCUCAAUGCAGAAUGGUUGCCCCCCGCCAGGCGACACGUCUACAUCUGCCACAUUUACUGUGAAUAGGCCUGAUGUUGGAGUGCUGGCCUCUCCUUGGUCAGCAGACAGACAUCAGACGUCUGACAGGGAGCGACAACUGGAGAGACUGGUCUUCAUGCUACUGCACCACACGUCACAUAUGGACAUCAAAUCUCCAUUCAGCCAGUGUCCUCUCUGUGAAAAGUCUCUUUCACAAGUCUUGGUGUCAAGAGUUGAAAUGCAGGCUCAUGCUGGCAGCACCCUUCCUCUCUCGUUGAUGAGGUCACCCGCAGCCACAGAAAUGUCCCCUUUGGCAUUCAGAUCGAUGGGAAGUUACGGCAGAGCAAAGGAGCGGCACUUUGUCUGCAAGGUGUGUGGGAAAACGUUCAAGCGCUCGUCCACACUGUCUACACAUCUCCUCAUUCACUCCAACACAAGGCCCUACCCGUGCCAGUAUUGUGGUAAGAGGUUCCACCAGAAGUCAGACAUGAAGAAACACACCUUCAUACACACAGGUGAGAAGCCGCACGUGUGCCAGGUGUGCGGUCGAGGAUUCAGUCAAAGCUCCAACCUCAUCACUCACAGUCGAAAGCACAACAGCCAACGACCGUUCAGCUGCCCCCGGUGUCACCACGGCUUCCAGCGCAGGGUUGACCUUCAGCGCCACCAAGAGACUCAGUGCGGCUACGGAGACGUGUACACUCAGACAUGCACCGUGUGACGAUGAGCACAAAUAAAUAUUAGACAGAAGACAAUAGAGUAAUGGAGUCAAAAUGCUUUUCUUUUUCAAUCAAAGCUCUGUUGGUGUGUUAAGAACCUUAAGAAUGCAUUGUUCCAUCUAAUACUUGAAAACA